AUGGAGCUCCUCCGCGCGGUCGUCCUGCUCUCCCUGGCGCUCCUGGCCAACGGCCGGGACACCGACCUCUCCCGGGACAGCUUCCCCAAGGGCUUCGUCUUCGGCACCGCCUCGUCGGCGUACCAGGUGGAGGGCAACUCCCUCAAGUACGGCCGCGGGCCCUGCAUCUGGGACACCUUCCUCAAGUAUCCAGGUGCCACUCCCGACAACGCCACCGCCAACGUGACCGUCGACGAGUACCAUCGCUACAUGGACGAUGUGGACAACAUGGUCAGGGUGGGCUUCGACGCCUACCGCUUCUCCAUCUCCUGGUCGCGUAUCUUCCCCAAUGGGAUCGGGAGGAUCAACAAAGACGGCGUGGACUACUACCACAGGCUCAUCGACUACAUGCUUGCCAACAAUAUCACUCCGUACGUCGUGCUCUACCACUACGACCUGCCGGAGGUCCUCAACAACCAGUACAACGGCUGGCUCAGCCCCAGGGUCGUGUACAUGCACCCGAUCACCUUCGGCCACUACCCGGAGACGAUGCAGAAGCUGGUGGGGACGAGGCUGCCCAACUUCACGGCGGAGCAGAGCAAGCUGCUGCAGGGCUCGGCGGACAUCAUCGGGAUCAACCACUACACCACCUACUACGUCAGGCACCAGGAGAACCUGACGCGCAUGAGCUACGCCACGGACUGGCAGGCCGAGCUUCUCUUCGAGCGCAACGGCGUGCCGAUCGGAAGACAGGCGUUCUCGAAGUGGCUGUACGUGGUGCCCUGGGGGUUCUACAAGGCGGUGAUGCACGUGAAGAACAAGUUCAGGGACCCCUUGAUCCUCAUCGGCGAGAACGGGAUCGACCAGUCGGGCAGCGACACGCUGCCGCACGCGCUCUACGACACCUUCAGGAUCGACUACUUCGACCAGUACCUCCACGAGCUGAAGCGCGCCAUCGCCGACGGCGCCAGGGUGACGGGCUACUUCGCGUGGUCGCUGCUGGACAACUUCGAGUGGCGGAUGGGCUUCACCUCCAAGUUCGGCCUCGUCUACGUCGACCGCAAGACCUUCACCCGGUACCCCAAGGACUCCACGCGCUGGUUCCGGAAGGUGAUCAAGAGCGAGGAGUACUGA